GUCAUCAUUAUUGGGGCUGGCGCGUUCGGCCUGUCCACUGCUCUGCAUCUCCAGCGCCAUCACCGAGAUGCCGUUGACGUGCUGCUGCGCGACUCUGCGUCGUUUCCCUCAAUCGACUCUGCCUCUGGCAACGACACAUCUCGCGCUGUGCGCAUGGACUAUGCUGAUCCGUUCUACUUCAACCUCGCCAAAGAAGCCAUCGAGGCCUGGCAGGGCGACCCCGUGUUCUCGCAGCACUUUCAUCUUUCUGGCCGCAUCGGUGCUCAGCCCCCUGGACACACGAAUGUCGAAAAGUGCAAGCAUGUGCUACAGGCCGCUGGCGUAGACGUGGAGGAUUUUGGAGAGGCUGACAAGGUGUCAUCUCUUCACAACAUGUUUCCUCUGCUGGGGAAUAGAGACAAGCUUCGGGGAUGGGACUUUUACUACGUCAAACAUGCUGGGUGGGCGAAUCCCAAGGAAGCUGUCAUCUCAGCCAUGAAAGAUUAUCAAUCUCUCGGUGGUAGACAAAUCACCGAUCGCUGGCGUGGGUGUGUUGUCGACAACAUCAUCUCUGGCAAUCAGAUCCGCGGAGUCAAGACGGCUGACGGGCAGUCGCACUUUGCUGAGCACGUCAUCUACGCCACAGGAGCAUUCUCAACCUCUAACAAGAAGCUUCUCCCCGGCCUUGGCACUCAGAUCCAUCCCACUGGCUUUGCCAUCGCGCACUGGAAACUGGAAAACUCAGAAGAGCUGAAGGCUUGGCAAGGUUAUCCCGCCGUCGACAUCUACCACAACGGCUACUUUUUCCCUCCGGAUCCCAUCACCGGCCUCAUGAAGCUCGGGUUAGGGAUUGUCGGCUUCACGCAUGACGAGAAUCCUCGAUCGAGCUGGGAAGACCAAUCCGACGUUGGCAUUGCGCUUCGCAACAGCGACCUCGUCAGCACCAACGAGGCCGGAAAGAUCCCGGCCAUUGCAGAGGAGGGCAUCCGUUGGAUCCUAAACAGAUGGGCGCCGAGCCUGGCCAACAAGAAGUUCCUUGACAUGAAGAUCUGCUGGGACGCCAUGACACCCGAUGGAGGCUGGUUGAUUGACCAUCACCCAGGGAUCCAGGGCCUCAGCGUCGCCACCGGAGGAUCGGGGCACGGUUUCAAGUUUCUUCCUGUUGUUGGGAGCUUCAUC